CCAAGAGGAGUUACUACAAGCCCCGUCUCCACCCCUUUCUUGCUCUCUUCUCCUUUAAAAGAAGGAACAACUGAACUGCUAGCACCUUAUUUUCUCACAGACUAAAAGCCAGAUCCAAACUAGCUCUCUCCCUGGUGCUGUCUCUCCUCCCACUAGAGCCUACCUUUUUCUUUCUUGCUGUAACAAGAGUACAAGAGAUCAGCAGCAGCAGCAGCAGCAGCAGCAGCAGCAGCAAUUCCAGUCUGGAGACUUAGCAAGACUUUAGAUAUACACACGCAGAGACAGAGAGAGAGAGAGAGGCUGUUCCACCAGAGCCAUUUCUUCACCUGUCUGCAAACAUAACAACUCAAGCCUCAAAACUUUCACCAAACCAAAGCUACCAAUGCUCUUUGAAAAGCCUCAAGCAGAAAUUUAACAACAAAGAGAUUCAGACCAAAAGGAGGGGAAGUGUUUCAAGAAGUCAAACAAGAAAGUUUUAAUGUUUUGAAGCUUAAAAGAUUUUGGAGUACUGCAAAUAAUUUUGCUUUUGUCCGCACUUUUGUCCUUAAAGGAAGAAGACCCUGAUUUCAUGUGGACUGCUAAGUCAAGAAAAAUGUUGAGAGACUUCUUGUAGUAAAGUUCUGGGGUAUGUGGGAGAGAGACCCAAUCUGGAUGUGCAAGUUUUUGAUGGGGACAUUUCCCCCAUUUUAUUCCUUUUACAUUCACCUAUACUUUCUCUCCCCUAAGGAGGUAGCAGAAAAGUAACUAGUAAUUGGUUUUUCUCAGAGCCUUUAAACAAUAUUUUACCUAAGAGUGCAUGUUACUUUUUUGGAGAAUAAACGUUUGUGCAGGGGAAAUGAGAAAGCACAGAACCCUCUGUGUAUGAUAUAUACCACAGACUGUAGGCAGAGACACGCUCUCACCGCUGUGCCUGAACUGUAGGAAUCUUAUUUCUAUUUUCCCCCUUUCAAAUACUCUCCUUCAAUGUGUCUGGAACUUCUGGGAAUUGGAGUCGGCAUGAAUUUCGGAGUGCUCUUUGUGUCUCUCUGCUACCUGCCGCUCAUCAGCAGUGAGGGAGAUCCCAUCCCUGAAGAGAUAUAUGAAAUGCUGAGUGACAGUUCGGUGCGCUCCAUCAGAGACCUCCAGCAGGUCCUGCGGAUAGACUCCGUAGAAGAAGAUAGCUCUACUUCAAACCUGAACUCCACCAGAAUACAUCCUGGUCAAAAUCCUGUUUCUUUGCUCCGAGAGAGACGAAGUCUAGGUGGAGGAGACCCUGUGGAGCCAGCAGUAAUUGCUGAAUGCAAGACACGGACAGAAGUCUUUGAAAUCUCCCGGAGCAUGGUGGAUCCCACCAAUGCCAACUUCCUUGUGUGGCCACCUUGUGUGGAAGUGCAGCGAUGCACAGGGUGCUGCAAUACCCGGAGCAUGCAGUGUCGCCCCACGCUGGUCCGUGUGCGACACAUCCAGGUUAAUAAGAUUGAAAUUGUCCGAAAGAAACCAGCCUUUAAUAAAGCCAUUGUGGCCUUGGAAGACCACCUGGAGUGUCGAUGUGAGGCAGUAUCACCCCGGCUUCUCAGUCGAGCAAACUCCCGUGAGCAUAGAGCAGGUGGACUGCCAUUGAGCACUAUAGCUUCUCUUCCAGCAAGGGCACGAGUGCACCGGUUGCUGCCCCCAAAGAGGAAGCAUCGGAAGUUCAAGCAUGUACACGAUAAGAAGGCGCUGAAAGAAAUCUUCCCAGCAUAGAGGCACUGGCAGGCUAAAGUGAAAAUGUCAGGUUUAUUAUUUAAUAUAUUUGAUGUAUUGCCCCCAUGGGGUCCUCAGAGUUUCUCUCCGUCCAUCCGCCUCAAUGCUACUUUGGACGGCAAACGGUGCUUCCUGAUCCCUUGCUCGCUGGACGUUCUCCCACCAAAGUUUACCCUUCAAGUUCUCACUUAAUGGCAUUUCAGCAUUCUCCCAAAGGAAGAAACUGGGGUGGGAAAUAAAUGGAAGAAAGAAAACACAGCCAUUUGGAUGGACAAUAUACUUUCUCCUGGAGCAAACACAAUGGAAAUGUGGCAAAGACUUAUGGUCCCAAUCUCCUUUUGAAGGGGGCAGGGAACAGGAGGAGGAGGAGGCAGAGGGUCAGGUGUUGUUUCCCCCCCCACCUUUUCCUUCUUGCCCCCAUCCAAACAUCAGCUGUGCUCAGGCUGUUUACAGUGGCAAUGGAUGCAAGUCAAGGCAGUCAGAAUGGCAACCAACGACAGCAAAUGCACUAAGGACUUGUAUUGUGAUGUCAGACUCGAUGUUUUUAAUGUGUGUAUGCAUAUUUUAUUUUUAAAACCACUAAAACAUGCCAUGCUCUGGGAACAGAAACAACAAAAGCAAAAUACAUGUACCCGAUGCUUUCUGCUGUCAACUGGAUGGUGUGUGGGACAGUGAACAGGAAGGCAGCAGCUGUACUGUAGAGGAACCACUGCCUACCCCCCAACCCCUGACACACACAUCCAGGGGGAACCCCUUGGAUUAAAGAGGCCUUCUUUGCACAUGA